AUGGCCGCUCGCCGCGGAGAGCGGGACCCGCCGGACGCGCGGCAGAACCUCCUCCGGGCAGAGCGGGCCAAGAAGGAGCGCCGUUGGCAGCUGCUCUUCACCCAGUACACUGUGAACCCCGUCCAUCCUGUCCACAUGGUCUCUAGGAAGCCAAUGUCUUGGCACGAGAACAUACAGGAGCCCAUAGAUGAUGAAUUCCUGAAACUUCUUCACCGUGCAGCAGAGGUGCCAAGAGAGAAAUACUCAGAGCCACAAACUGAAAGCCAAGUAAUUGGCUGGAAUACAAAACCUUUGGUUCCUUUUGACCGCAGUGAUACCAGAUUCUACUUCCCACGCCAGACAACUGAAAUUACCAUCCUUGGCUACCCUGCACCACGGGGACAGAUGCCUAAAGGCCAGGAGUAAAGCCAAAGAUAGAU